AUUCCAGAGCAGUUUGGCCCAAUAAGAACAGUAGCAGAGGGAAAAGGGGACGUUGUAUUAAUAGGAACCACUAGAAACUUCGUCCUACAAGGCACGCUAUCAGGAGAUUUUUUCCCAAUUACCCAGGGUCACACUGAUGAGCUCUGGGGACUUGCAGUCCAUUCCUCUAAGCCUCAGUUCUUCACUUGUGGGCAUGACAAACACAUUACCCUCUGGGAUGCUACCACUCAUCGUCCUAUCUGGGACAAGAUUAUAGAGGAUCCAGCCCAGUCUUCAGGUUUUCAUCCUUCAGCAUCUGUUGUUGCAGUAGGGACGCUGACCGGCAGGUGGUUUGUGUUUGACACAGAAACAAAAGACUUGGUCACUGUACACACAGAUGGAAACGAACAGCUGUCUGUAAUGCGUUACUCACCAGAUGGAAACUUCCUGGCAAUAGGUUCCCAUGACAACUGUAUUUAUAUAUAUGGUGUAAGUGAAAAUGGAAGAAAGUACACUAGAAUUGGCAAAUGUUCGGGUCAUUCCAGCUUCAUUACUCAUCUGGAUUGGUCUGUUAAUUCACAAUAUCUUGUGUCUAAUUCAGGAGACUAUGAAAUUUUAUACUGGAUCCCCUCUGCUUGUAAGCAAGUUGUGAGUGUUGAAACAACUAGAGAUAUAGAAUGGGCCACUUACACCUGUACUUUAGGAUUCCAUGUUUUUGGUGUAUGGCCUGAAGGUUCUGAUGGAACAGAUAUCAAUGCUGUCUGUCGAUCACAUGGGAGAAAACUGCUAUCAACAGGGGAUGAUUUUGGCAAAGUACAUCUCUUCUCAUAUCCGUGUUCACAGUUUAGGGCUCCCAGCCACGUGUACGGUGGACAUAGUAGCCAUGUAACUAAUGUAGAUUUUCUCUGUGAAGACACCCAUCUCAUCUCCACGGGCGGAAAGGACACAAGUAUUAUGCAGUGGCGAGUCAUUUAAAGGAAACAUCAGUGUGAACAUACACAGUUGAGUCGACCAUGCACAGAACUUAUGUAUAAACUGUAUAUUUAAAACUUAACAGUAUGUUUGCAGUUUAGCCUGGUCACUGUGAUUUUUGUUUAAAAAAUUCUUACAAACCUCAGGAAAAUUAUAAACCCUGUGCUGGUUACCUUACUCGGUCUAGUGAUUUUUAUUUUUUUUUCAUUGUGUCACACCUUAAGAAUGAUUGUUUUCUCUUCUGUUGUACAAUAUGCAAUGCAGUACAAGUUUAAUAUAAGAAAUGUGGCUUGACAGUUUGCAAUACAGUGGUGUCAGCAGAAUGUGACUAUCUAUCUUAAAUGUUUUCUAUAAACACUGCUAAAAUGGUCACAAAAAUGCCUUUCAAAGACUGUAUAUAUGUGCUUAUUUGUUUCACUAUCUACACUUUGUACUGUAUACUACUUAUUUAGAAAAAUCUAUGACAGUGUCAAGGUACUGAAUUGUUUAUGCUGGAGGAUGAUGAAUAGAUAUAAAAAAGUACAUACCGAGAUGUAAGACGCAAAAAUUAGUGUUCUAGACCUGAAAAUGUGAAUGCUGGUCAAGUUGCAUCCUCUUGGGAAUCGCACACCCUGGGUAUCACCCAUGAGGAGCUGUGUUCCC